UUAUUCUUUUCCUGUCAUACUCGGGGGAAACAACAUCAACUCACAGAGGAUUGUUAUUGAGAAGCCAAGAGAGGAGCCCGUAGCUCUCACAUUCUCCUGCUGCACCUGAUCAACUCAUUGUACUUCCCUUGUGCAGGAGUAAACCAUACUUGUAGGAGCAAUGGAUCCAGUUUCUGUACUGCUGUCUGUUGUUGUUUGCAUUUUCCUAUUUAAAGUCUUCUAUGGUGAAAAAAAUGAAUCUCAGAACUUCCCACCUGGGCCCAAGCCAUUGCCGCUCAUUGGAAAUCUGCACCUUAUGAAUAUGAAGAAACCCUAUCUAACAUUUAUGGAGUUGGCUAAGAAGUACGGCUCAGUGUACAGCAUUCAGCUUGGAACAAAGAAGACUGUUGUGCUUUGUGGAACUGACGCAGUGAAGGACGCUCUUGUCAACCAUGCUGAGGAGUUUUCAGGGAGGCCCAAAAUACCACUUUUUGAUGACACUUCUAAAGGACAUGGUGUUAUUUUUGCCGACGGUGAGAACUGGAAAGUGAUGAGAAGAUUCACUAUCUCUACACUGAGAGACUUUGGGAUGGGGAAGAAAACUAUAGAAGACAGAAUCGGUGAAGAAUGUGACUGUUUAGUGGAAAUGUUCAAGUCCCAUGAUGGGAAGCCCUUUGAUAACACCUUGAUAUUGAACGCCGCUGUAGCCAACAUCAUUGUGCACAUACUGCUCAACCACCGCUUUGAGUAUCAGGAUCCAACACUGCUCAAACUUAUAAAAAGUGUCAGUGAAAAUGUCAGGCUUGGGGGACGUCCUAUUGUCAUGCUGUAUAACACUUAUCCGUCUAUUAUGCGAUGGAUUCCUGGAAGUCACAAAACUAUUUUUGAGAACUCCGAAAAAUUAUUAAACUUUCUUAAAGAAACAUUUACCAAACACAGAGAUCAAUUGGAUGUAAAUGACCAGAGGGAUCUCAUUGACACAUUCCUUGUCAAGCAACAAGAGGAGAAGUCUUCUUCUACAAAGUUUUUCCAUGAUGAUAACUUGAAAAUACUUUUAAGCAAUUUAUUUGGGGCUGGAAUGGAGACGACUUCUACCACUCUACGCUGGGGUAUCCUGUUGAUGAUGAAAUAUCCAGACAUUCAAAAAAAAGUCCAAGAUGAAAUUGAUCAAGUGAUUGGAUCAGCAGAACCUCGGCUCGACCACCGGAAACAAAUGCCCUAUACUGAUGCCGUUAUUCAUGAGAUCCAGAGAUUUGCCAACCUUGCCCCUAGUGCCCUUCCUCAUGCAACAACUAAGGAUGUCACAUUUAGAGGCUACUUCCUUCCAAAGGGAACCCAAGUGAUUCCACUGCUGACAUCUGUUCUGCGAGACAAAGCUUAUUUCAAAAAACCAGAAGAAUUUUACCCUGAACAUUUCCUUGACUCAGAAGGAAAAUUUUUGAAAAAUGACGCAUUCCUUCCCUUCUCUGCAGGUAAAAGAAUUUGUGCCGGAGAGACGUUGGCCAAAAUGGAACUUUUCUUGUUUUUCAUUAAGUUACUGCAAAAAUUCACAUUCCAACCCCCCGCUGGAGUUGAGGUCCAACUGACCUGUGGAGAUGCAAUGACUUCCAUUCCUCUUGAUCAUAAGAUCUGUGCUUUGCCUCGUAACUAUUGAAUACACACAAUAACAAGGAAAUGAAGCUUUUAAUCAAAUAAUAAACAUAAAAACUGUUGUCAGAAAGACAUUAGCAACAAAUAGUGAUGGGCGAAUAAAUUCGCGAAACGCCCGCGAAAAUUCGCGGCAAAAAUUCGCCGGC